ACAUGGGCGAGCCCACUAUUGAGAACAUUUAGUUCUCUCCACGAACCCGCAGUCACAAACACGGCGAAAAAAGAGGGGGGAGUUCCUCCCUAUUCAGCUGCCUGUACUCGACCUGCUCUUUCUCAGACGCGCCUUCAUGACUCACUGAGUUGGACCUGCAGAAUUUUCCCGAAAUAGAAGCUCGAUGUGAGCUCGUGCACCGUCUUUGACUACUAGAGUUUAGUCCCAGUCGCUGAUGUGUGAAGUGGCAGAAUAAGUCCUGAUAGACCGUGCGAGUUUAGUCAGAUAUCUGUUGGACUUUUACAUUUUUUUUAAAAAAUUUUCUUAAUUAAUUGAUCGGAGAUGCCUGAGGACAUUGGGACAGCCAAGCCUGGAGGUGUCAUUGCCUAUAUUUCCUCCAGGUCCGCCCCCAGCCCAGAGUCCUGUAUGAGCAGCAGCUCAAGCAGCGGCUACCUGUCGACGUCACCAACUCCUUCCCGGCCCUCGCUGCCCAGCAGGGCCGUAGGCAUGGUAGUGGAUAUUGCUCCACCGGGCAAGAACGGCAGCCCGCGUGGCCAUGGCGGCGAAAAGGCCGGCCGUUCUUCUGCGUCUGCAAAGAGCAGCAUCACAAAAAUCAACGGCAUGGUGCUGCUGUGCAAAGUGUGCGGGGAUGUGGCGUCAGGCUUCCACUACGGCGUCCAUGCUUGCGAAGGAUGCAAGGGCUUCUUCAGGAGGAGCAUCCAGCAGAACAUCCAAUAUAAGAAGUGUCUAAAGAUGGAGAACUGCACCAUCAUGAGGAUAAACCGCAACCGCUGUCAGCAGUGUCGCUUUAAGAAGUGCCUGGCUGUUGGCAUGUCUAGAGAUGCUGUUAGAUUUGGCCGGAUCCCAAAAAGAGAAAAACAGAGGAUGCUGCUGGAGAUGCAGAACGCCAUGAACAACAUGAUGAGCAACAACAGCCAGUUACACAGCAUGCUCCAAGGACACCAGAGCCCCCCACUGCCCAUGGAGGCCAUGACAAGUGACUCCAACUCCUUUCCAUCCUCUUCCUCCUCUUCCUCUGCUUCCGAUUCGCCGUCGUGUUCCAACCCGUCCUCCCCGCAGUGCCCUCAGGACUCCGAGUCAGUGGUUUCUAUGGACACCACCUCAAGCUCAUCCUGCUCAUCGGACAGCGGUGAGGACGAGGCACUUGUCACACUGAACAGGCAGCACCAAGAUGCCUUAGCGUUCACCCAGCAGAGAUCACCAACGCAAGGUCAGACCUCACCUGCCACGGUCUCCGUGGAGACGGGGUGUGAAAGCCGAAUGGAGAAGCAGCAGGAUAGGUGGAACUGCUGGAACAACAGCGUGGCGGUGAGAGAUUACCAGAACUGUCCUUACAGUAGCGGCCAACAAGUCACCAACCCUGCCUACAGGGGGGAGAGGGAAGGUUACCAGCAGCAGUUCAACAGCACCCCUAGCUGUGAACAGUCAGAAGACAGCCAAAGACAACAGACAGAGCUCCACACACAAUCUGCCUCAAAUGGUUAUAAUGGACCAACCAGCUGUGUGAAUAAUAGGGCACACUUGCUGUGCCCGAUGAACACCUCACCUUACGUGGACCCCAGCAAGCCCAGCCAGGAGGUCUGGGAGGAGUUCUCCAUGAGCUUCACACCAGCCGUGCGAGAAGUGGUCGAGUUUGCCAAAGGGAUUCCGGGCUUCCGCGACCUUCCCGAGCACGAUCAAGUCGGCCUGCUGAAGGCUGGAACCUUUGAGGUGCUGAUGGUUCGAUUUGCCUCUUUGUUCAACAUCGCCGAGCAGACGGUGACCUUCCUGAGUGGCAAAUGCUACAGCCUUGACACACUACGCUCAUUGGGUGCCGGCGAGCUCCUUAACUCUAUGUGCGAGUUCAGCGAGAAGUUGGCGGCGCUGCGGCUCAGUGCGGAUGAAAUGAGCCUCUUCACCGCUGUGGUGCUUGUCUCAGCUGACCGCUCAGGGAUCCAGGACCUAAAAUCAGUGGAGGCUCUGCAGGACAAACUUAUCCGAGCACUGAGAAACCUGGUGAUGCAGAACCACGGCGACGAGUCGGCCACCACAUUCACCAAGCUGCUGCUCAAACUUCCUGAACUGCGCUCGCUCAACAAUAUGCACUCAGAGGAACUGCUCUCGUUCAAAGUGCACCCUUAAAAAGCUUCCUGAGCGGGUACUUGUGUACCUUCCACUUCCUCCACCUGGACCUGCCUCUUACCGCGCCCUCUCAGCCCCCCUUUCCCUGCAAACUGACCAACCCAGUUGUGUGUUUGUUUCUAGAAUGUAUGAAACUUUUUUUUUUUAUUCUAUUUUUGUUGAAAAGAGAACAAUUAAAAAUGUACUGUAUUUAUAGAAGACGUAGCUUACGCUUGUUGCACACAAACACACGCAAGUGCUCGUGUGUCAGAGGUUUAUAGUUUUGCAGUUGGAUGCAGUUUUCUAUUUUUAAAAGCAAGAAGAGUAUUUAACUGGCUUAAAGAGAAUAUAGAAUAGAAACUAA